AUGUCCGAACCUUUCGUCGGAGAAAUCCGGAUGUUUGCGGGCAAUUUUGCCCCGCGCGGCUGGGCGUUUUGCGAUGGCCAGCUUUUGGCCGUGUCGCAGAACGAUGCGCUGUUCUCGCUUCUGGGCACCAUCUAUGGCGGCGAUGGCCGCACCACCUUCGGCUUGCCGGACAUGCGCGGGCGGCUGCCGAUCCACGCCGGCCACGGGCCGGGCCUUUCGGAACGCCGGCUGGGCGCGAAAGGUGGCGCCGAGAAGGUCACGCUUACGGUCAACCAACUGCCAAGCCAUACCCAUCCCGAGCAGGGAACGACCAGCAACGCCAACUUGCCCGAUCCUUCCGGCAACCGACUUGGCACCAGUACGGUGCUCGAACCUUUCAGCGCGACAGAGGCGCUUGACGUGAACAUGGCCGCGACGGCGGUCUCCCGGACCGGUGGGAGGAGACGCACCAUGUCCGAACCGUUCACCGCCGAGAUUCGCAUCUUUGCCGGCAAUUUCGCGCCGCGCGGCUGGGCGUUCUGCAACGGCCAGCUGCUGCCGAUUUCGCAGAACACGGCCCUGUUUUCGCUGAUCGGCACCACCUAUGGCGGUGACGGCCGGUCGACCACCGCACUGCCGAACAUGCAGGGGCGUGCGCCGAUGCAUCCCGGCCGCGGGCCGGGGCUGACAUCGCGGCGCCUGGGCCAGCGCGGCGGCACCGAGAUGGUGACGCUGAGCGAAGCGCAAAUGCCCAACCACAACCACACGAUGCGCGCGUCGGGCGAAAAUGGUGAACAGGGCACGCUGGCGGCCAAUGUUGCCUUGGCAAGGUCAAGGGGCGGUUCGCUUUACCAGUCGAACACAUCGGCAAAUCUCGUGCCGAUGGCGGCGCUGCCAAAUGCCGGCGGCAGUCAGGCCCACAACAAUUUGCAGCCCUUUCUGGUGAUGAACUUCAUCAUCGCGCUGGUCGGGCUUUACCCGUCGCGCGGCUAG